AAAAAUAUUUCAAGGACAGUGGGCUUCAAAAAUGCUAGUCGAAGUUCCUCAUGAAGCGUAAGCUAUCUGAUGAUGGUGUUACCAGCCUCCCAAAAGUUAUGAAGGUAUCCAGUAUACCUGAAAUGAAAACAGUAUGUGAUGCUCUUGAAUAUCUGUUUAGUCUAUAUCCUUCUAUGAACUCAAAAAAUCUUGGCCGCCCAAUCGUUUUGAAGUCACAGUUAUACACUCUUGUAAAUAAUCGGAACAAAGUAGAAUCUCAACUGUCAGAUAUGCAGACAUCUCAGAGAAUACGUUUAUUAAACAUUGACGACCAAAUCGAUGAUUCCGUUGGUAUAAUGAAAUCUGAUGAUUUUGUAAAUUCUUUCAGAGAUUUCUCUAUUGAUGAGUCAAAGAUUUUAGGUUUAGUUAUAAUUAUAUUAUUCCUAAGUUUUCAGAACGAUUUGCGGAAUUCACUAGUCAAAAGUAUCAUUAUUUAAGCUUAUGUAAACGUGUUGCAUCGGAGAAUUUUUCGGAUAAUGAGAUAAGCAUUCUAAUACAAAAUGGAGCUUUAACCAUCAAAUCCGAGAACAGUUGGUACAUUUCCACUCCAUAUCUUGGUGCAUUUAUUCGUGCCUACAAAGCUGGUCAACGGGGUUUAUUAACAAUAAUUAAGAAGACGCGAUUCAAAGAAUUAUUGCUAUCUGAGAUUUUUCAUCGAAACCUGGGUAAAGGUGCUUAUCUAGGUCAUAUGUAUCACUUACUCGCCCAUUUAGGAGCUGGAACUUUGAAUUCGAUUCAAACUAGCUCUGGUUUGCUUAUCAGAAUGUAACGCUUCAAGAAAAAAUGAUUAACUUUAUACAACAGGUUCGACUGGUUCUACUUUGACAAAUUAUUGGGAAAUUAACUUCACUGUUUCGGUUUCCACUUUUGGUAUAAUAUAAAAAAUGUUACUUUCUAUAUUUGUGUUGGUUAAAAUCAAAUCCAUUUUAUAUUGUAAUUAGCUUUUGCUUAAGAUGCACAUAGUAAACCAAACGUAGUGAACUUUCGAGUAGUUAUUUAAAGAUCUUGUAAGAAACGGUGAACUAUCGGGAUGAAUGAACUAAACACAUUAAAUGAAGAUGUCAGAUUGUUUUAGCUAUGCAAUUGCCUUCAUUUUAGCUAUAUCUAGAUUUUAUUUGGUUUCAUUUAUCACCUAUUUUAUGUUUUAACUCUUAUCUUUGUUUAGUUAUUAUUAAAACGGUCAGUAUCCUUC